GGGAGGACACACACUUGACACACACGCGUUUGUCUCCCCCCCUCCUGUAUGAAUAGUUUGCCUGUUAGCAUUAGACAGUCAGUGGACAUUCAUGCAUAGCUGCUUUCAGUUGGGGGUAGCGGGCCAUGCACACACACACAGAGACCAGGGGAGAUAAUGGUGCCCGGCUACUCUUAGCGACCGAUGAGCAAUAGCGGUCUAUGCGUUCUGUCUCUGCUAACAGAGCGGCGGGACGUUUGUUUCUACAGAGUAAAAAGUUCCAAGUUUGUUUGUUUUUGAAUUUUUACUUGUCUCAACUCUUGUCUUCAAACAUGGGGUGCUCCUCAUCCAGCGCUCAGACCGUGGACCAAGAGAAAAGACCGGGUACGAAGCCAGAGGAGAGCAAUGGCGAUACAGUGGCGGCCAGAAACGGCAUCAUCGCGGAAGAUGCACAAACCAUCGAGGACCAGAUGCAGUUGCCUGUGCAGACGGCCCUGCCGGAUGAUCUCCAGCGGGGAGCCGAUGAUGAGGCGGAGGCCGUGUUGGUAGCCCUGGAGGCCCAGGAGGAUCUCGGCUCUGGGGAGGACCUCCUGUCCGCUCCCGAGCCUCAGCCAGAACCUGUCAGCCCUGCAGAGCUGGUUCCAGAGGCUGCCGCUCCAGCUGAAGUCGCUACUGAAGCGGUGGAGGAAGCUGUCCCUGUAGAAACUGUCGUGGCCGCUGCGGAGGUCGAAGCCCUUGUUGAGGCGACAGAGGAGGCCCCUGCUGUUGAAUCUGUUGUGCAGACCGAGGCCCCUGCUGUUGAAUCUGUUGUGCAGACCGAGGCCCCUGUUGUUGAAUCUGUUGGGCAGACCGAGGCCCCUGUUGUUGAAUCUGUUGUGCAGACCGAGGCUCGCUCUCGCUCGCUCUCUCGAGUGAAGGCUCGCUCGCUCUCGCUCGCUCUCUCGACUGAAGGCUCUCUCACUCGCUCUCUCGAGUGA